AUGCGGGAAUGCGAAAAAGAGUUUGACUCUUUGUUCAACAGUGAUCAUCAUAAUGCUGAUCGCAUCUUCUAUCAAGCAGAACAUGGAGAUUCUGCUUAUGACGAUUUAUUUUCUCUGGAUACACAAAUGCUACUGCCUGUUUCGGACCAUAUAGAUUUAAUUGGAGAAGGUUUGAGCUCAUUAACAAAUGCCACAAUUUCGGCUUAUAACUCUGGUUCCGAUACAGAUAAGGAUAAUUACAAAGCUUCAUCUAACCCUAUGGAUCUUUUCAAUCUUGAGUUCAAUGAUUGCUCAUCUUCAAAUUCCUGUGAUUCAGGAAAAGAUAGUCCAAGCGGCAGUGAAUCAUUGUAUGACCAAUCGCCAUGGACGUUUUCAAACGAACCUGUUAAUGAAAUAAUUGUUGAACAACAGGAUAUUGAAUCGUCUUCAUUUGAUGGCUUUGCUGUGGACUAUCCAACAAGCACUAUACAGUCAAAUACUCUUAAUCAUCGAGAUGUCCAGCCAAACGCUUCUCUUAACGCAAGAACAAAAUAUGUUUAUUAUGUUCCAGAACCUGGGGCAGAAAAAGAACCUUUCAAGUUCAGAACUCGCGCACCAAUGAAGGUUGCUCCCGCUCCUCCGAAACCAAAAGUUUUCGUCAGCUCCAACAACGGCUUGCAAAUUCGAAACUAUCAGUCUUUACGAACUCACCCUUUACCUUCUUCAGUUGCGACUUCGAGCCCUAACCCAUCGGCAGUCGCAACAACAGCGCCUGUUAGAGCUACAACCGCUGUAGGUACUUCAGUUUCGGUUCCUAACAUUCAGAUAGCUCCUGCUUUGGUGAAGUUCACUCAGUACGAUGAAGUAGAUGAUUGGCAAAAAAGACAAGAAGAUCGUAGAAUCAAAAACAGAGCUGCGGCACAAGCAUCUCGACAAAGGAAAAGAACCGAAAUUGAUGAAAUGAAGGCAAAAGUUGCUCAGUUGGAAGCUGAAAAUGAAACAUUGAAAAGUGAAAACUUGGAACUGAAGUCGCGUCUUUCCUCUUUCACCGAGACCCAAGGCUCUCGAUCUUGGAAAAUACCUCAAAACAGAAAAAGAGCUGCUUUUGCUGGAGUGUGUAUGAUGGCUUUAUUCAUGAUGGUUUCUGUUUCUCCUAUUGAUCUCCAAAAAUCUUCCCGCCCUAGUUUUACCAACGCCGAGUCUACAGUUUCUCACCAUAUAAGUCAUGGAAAAGUUCUCAAAUAUGACGAUCCAAUAGUUGAUUCCAAAUCACAGAAUGAAACAAUUUCUUGUGGCUUUAAGAAACCAUGGCUUAACAAGACAGAAACGAUCAGAUUGAACACUGAUCUCUAUAAUUGGGUUGAUAGACAUGAACAAAUGGAUUUAAAUCUUAAAAAAGGAAAAAGAGUUUUACUUCGAAAUGGCCCAAAGUCAUGGCCUGCCUCUCUCGUCGUCGAAAGAGUUAAUGUGACUGAAAUAAAUCAGCCAACUAGAACGGUGUCUGAAAAGAAAGAACAAGCACGUCAAACAGCGAUCCGUGAUAGGGCAUGGAAGCACCUGGAUAUGAUCAGCCAAUCUAGCUAUACCUUGAGAGAUAAACGAGACAAAGCGAAAAAACUCAUCAAGAUGGAGAAACAGCAGCUACAAGAGCAUUCACCCUCGAGAGAGCAGUAUGAAAAGUUGGCAGCUUCAAUACAGCAUCGUCCGGAUACCCUAUAUGUAGUUACAAUGAAGGAUUACUUUUUGUUACCUGCUAUUACAAGAAAUGAAACUUCCCGUCCACGGAUAGCUUUGAUUCUUCCAGCGUUAUCCCUCAAUGGAACUAUAUCAUCACAAGUUUCAAUGAUGAGGAUUGAUUUGGAUGUAGUGGGCACUGGUUUGUUUCAUCUAUCCCGAGAAUUUGUUCCAUUAUUUUUUACCUAA